UGCCCAGAGGCAGCAGAUGUGCAACGGCAGCUCCAUCACCCACUUCCUCCUCCUGCCAUUCGCACGCACGCGGGAGCUGCAGCUCUGCCACUUCUGGCUCUUCCUGGGCAUCUCCCUGGCUGCGCUCCUGGGCAACGGCCUCAUCAUCACCAGCACAGCCUGCGACCAGCGCCUCCACACCCCCAUGUACUUCUUCCUCCUCAACCUCUCCCUGCUGGACCUGGGCUGCAUCUCCACCAUUGUCCCCAAAUCCAUGGCCAAUUCCCUCUGGGGCACCAGGGCCAUCUCCUACACAGGCUGUGCUGCACAGCUCUUUUUCUUUCUCUUUUUUCUCAUAGCUGAGUUUUAUCUCCUCACUGUCAUGUCCUACGACCGCUACGUGGCCAUCUGCAAGCCCCUGCACUAUGGGACCCUCCUGGGCAGCAGAGCUUGUGUCCACAUGGCAGCAGCUGCCUGGGGCACUGGGUUUCUCAAUGCUCUGCUGCACACGGCCAAUACAUUUUCACUGCCCCUCUGCCGAGGCAAUGCUGUGGAGCAGUUCUUCUGUGAAAUCCCCUAGAUCCUCAAGCUCUCCUGCUCA